AUGGCCAGAGUCUACACCGACAUGUUGAGUUUCAUAGCUUUACUCUUGCAACUGUGUGCACUCACUGCAUAUGGACAAGACUUGUAUGUAAUCACAGAAACAGAUGACCCUGGUGCCUAUGAAUAUUAUUAUUACGAUUAUACCCCUGACAGCCCUGCAGAAGAUCUUGAUUUGACUCUAGAUGACUGGUUGUAUGAACUUGUGGAUAUUACAGAUGAGUGUGAUCCAAACCCAUGUUUGAACGGAGGCGUCUGUGACCACGCCGCUAAUGGGAGCUUCACAUGUUCGUGCCUUGAGCCUUACUCAGGAAAGAAGUGUCAGACAGUGAAAGAUGUUUGCAAGAAUGUGAAAUGUGGCUACGGAAGCUGUGUCGUCACAUCUACUGCUCCAUUCUACGAGUGCAAAUGCAAGCCCCCAUACAAACCACCCAACUGCAAGAAAGCUGCUCCCUGCCGGCCCAACCCCUGUCAAAAUGGAGGCUCCUGCAUUAAGGGUCCCAAACGCUCCUCCUUCCAGUGCUCUUGUCCUAAUGGAUAUAGUGGGAAAUUCUGCGAAGUUGGGCCCAAUGACUGCUACCAAGAGGACGGAGAGUUUUACCGUGGCAUGGUGAGUGUGACAGUUGAAGGGGAAGAGUGCCUGGACUGGAACUCCUAUUUCAUCCUGCAGAAAGGCGGAGAUCCCUUCAAAGAGUACGCAGGCUUUGAUGGAAUCGGACCACAUAAUUACUGCAGGAACCCUGAUGGAGAUGAUCAGCCCUGGUGCUUUAUUAAUAAAGACGGCAAACUGAAGUGGAACUAUUGCAAAGUUCGGAAAUGCUCUGGAGCUCCACCCAGCCCACCGAUUAUCCAUGAAACAGAUCCAACUACCGCCAAACCGGACGUCACUGCUGCCCAGUUCUCCCAGUGUGGGAGGCCGCAACCCGGCCGCUCUGCCAGGAUUUUUGGAGGGAAGAAGUCUCUUCCUGGGGCUCACCCAUGGCAGGUUUCCCUGCAGACCAGAUCCAAAGGCUCCUCAGGACCCUUCAGCCAUAUCUGUGGAGGAAUCCUCCUCCACUCCUGCUGGGUGCUCACCGCUGCACACUGCAUUAAAAGUGGGAUGGAAAUGCAGGUGGUGCUGGGAGGAGUGGACAUAGAGAAGGACGAAGCAUACGAUCAGGUCAUUCCUGUGGAGAAGGCCAUCGUGCAUGAGGAAUACAGAGCGAGCCCCUUUGCUCUUCAUAAUGAUGUUGCCAUGCUUCAACUGAAAGUCACGGACAGACCAUACUGUGCCAAAGAAACCCGAUUUGUAAAGACAGCCUGUCUACCAAACCAACUCUUUAACAGCGGGACAGAGUGUGUGAUCUCAGGAUGGGGCGCGACUGAAACACAGAGGUACGGUACCAACCAGCUGCUGGACGCUCGUGUCCUCCUGAUUUCCCAGGAGAAAUGUAAAGCUCCCCAUGUUUAUGGAGACUCUCUGGAUGACAGCAUGUUCUGUGCAGGAAACAUGAAAGGAGGUGUUGACUCCUGCCAGGGUGACUCUGGCGGCCCUCUGGUGUGUGAGCGUAAUGGGACCCACUAUGUUGUUGGUGUGGUGAGCUGGGGCGACGGCUGUGGCAAGAAGUACAAGCCUGGGGUUUACGCCAAUGUGGGAAAAUUUAUAGACUGGAUUGCCCGUCAUUUACUCUUAUAAGGACGCAUGUGGCCAUACAGUACUGUAUAUGAUAAUUAUGGACAUGCCGCCACUACCUCAGAUAAUGUCCUUUUGUACCAAUAAUACUCUUACUUUUUGUUAAAAAAAAAAAGGUUUUGGAUCAGAAAAAAACCUGUCAAAGCUCUCACUUCAUCCCCAAAUUGUUACUCUGAAGACCUGAUGACAUAACUGAAUCAUACCAGUCAAUACAAUUAUUCAUGAUUACCUUAACAUUAUUAGAAAAUAAUUAUUUUCUAUGGCAUGUGACACAUUACCUCAUGAAUUUGUGUAUUAACUCAUGUAUACCUCAC